AUGGCGGCAGUUCACGGGGGAGUCGAUUUUAAGACGAUGCUGCGAUCGGGGCAGUUUUCUGACUUGACGCUGGUUUGUGAGGGCAAAGAAUUCAAAAUUCACAAAGUUGUCGCUUGCCCGCAGUCACCCGUGCUUUCUGCCGCCGUCAGUGGAGAGUUCAAGGAGAGCCAGACAGGCGUCGUCCAGAUUGAACUCUUCGACAGCGAGACGGUGAGGCGCAUGGUUGAGUUUCUCUACACGGGAAAUUAUGACUGCAACCACCCCCCAACCCCCCCAAAGCAGAAUUACACAGUUGGCAGUAUUCAAGAUGUUACACCUGCUAAAAGUACAAGCGGUCCAGCCCCAAAGACAACAAGCGCAGCCCUCCCAGUGCCUGUUGCUGCUGCAAGCACUCCAGACACGUUGACUCAUGUGCGAGUGAAUGCAAUUGCGGAUUACUACGGUAUUCAAGGUCUCACGCUGCUUGCCAACCAAAAGAUUCAGCAGGCAUACCAGGCCAAGUGGGAUGCUAAGGCUUUCCUAACUUCAGCAAAGGAGGCUCUCGACAACACUGGUGACAAAAAGCUGCAUGGCAUGAUGGCACUUCUGGCGGCGCAGCAUCUAGAAGAGCUGAUUGCUUCCCCCCAGCUGGCCGACUUGGUUGGCGACUUUGCUGCCGACAUCCUGCGCUACCAUGCCCAUAAAUUGGAAGCAUCUCAACAAGAGCAACUUCAAAUUAUCCGCCAGGAGCAAGUAGCAGCCCAGACACGACAGGCAGAGAUCCAGGCAGAGGUCCAGGCUGCCGAAGCCAAGACUGGCCGCGUCAUUGCGAAUAUCGGCAGAGUGGUUACUAUGAUGUGCGAGAGGCAAUAUUGUCGGAACAAUGCCUGUGGAGAGGAUUUUGGCUGCUAUAUUGAGCAAGUUGGCGGCACAGAUGAGCCCUCGUAUGUUCUUCGGUGUUCUUGGUGUCGGUGCAGGCAUUAA